AUGGGUGCUCCUUCUGCUGUUGCGAGGCUAACCAUCCUGCGUGCAACAGUGCAAAAGCACACCUCCAAGGACUCCUGCUGGGUCAUCCUCUACGGCAAUGUGUGGGACGUGACAGACUUCCUCCCCUCCCACCCGGGCGGCGCCCAGAUCAUCCUCAAACUCGCCGGCAAGGACGCCACCGAAGAGUACGACCCCAUCCACCCUCCCGGCACCCUGGAGGAGAACCUCCCCGAAUCCGCCCGCCUGGGUCCCAUCGACCCAAAAAGCCUGCCGGAACCCGUCAAGCCGGCGAAAGAUGUUGGACCCGCUCCGGACACGAAGGCUGAAGUCGAGCUGCCGUUGCAGGCAAUGUUGAACCUCGACGAGAUCGAGGCGGCCGCCACCAAGAAGAUGUCCAAAAAGGGCUGGGCCUAUUACUACUCCGCCGCGGACGACCUGGUCAGCAAGCACCUGAACAACACUGUCUUCCGCCAAAUACUGCUCCGGCCGCGCGUGUUCGUGAACUGUCAGGAUUGCGACCUCCGCACCACCUUCCUCGGGUACAAGCUCGACCUGCCCAUCUUCGUUUCACCAGCCGCCAUGGCUCGCCUGGCUCACCCGGACGGCGAAUGGGGCAUCGCGCAGGCGUGCAAGAAGUUCGGAGCCAUGCAGAUGAUCUCCAAUAAUGCCAGUAUGACUCCCGAACAGAUCGUGAAGGAUGCAGCGCCCGACCAGGUAUUUGGCUGGCAGUUGUAUGUGCAGACCGAGCGCAAGAAGAGCGAGGAUAUGCUGGCCAGGAUCAACAAGUUGGAUGCGAUCAAGUUUGUGUGUCUCACACUCGAUGCACCGGUUCCUGGGAAAAGAGAGGAUGAUGAGCGCGGAAAGUUCAUCGUCGAGGACACGAGCCAGGCCAUCAAGGACGCUGGUGGGGCCGAGUUGAAGGGCGGCGGUGGCAUUGGACAAAGUCUGUUCUUUGGCACGGAUCCGACUUUGACUUGGACAGAAACGCUGCCUUGGCUGAAGAAGCACACCAACAAGCCCAUCAUUCUCAAGGGCCUGCAGUGCCACGAAGACGCAUACAUUGCCGCGCAACAUGCACCACAGGUCAGGGGCAUCAUUUUGUCGAACCAUGGUGGUAGGGCUGCAGAUACAGCACCGCCCGCCGUGCACACUCUGUUGGAGAUCAGAAAAUACUGCCCCGAGGUGUUCAGCAAGAUCGACGUCGUCGUGGAUGGUGGGAUCAAGAGAGGAACGGAUGUGGUGAAGGCAAUGGCCCUGGGUGCAAAAGCUGUCGGCAUUGGUCGUGGCGCGCUCUUCGGUCUAGGUGCCGGUGGCAUUGAAGGAGUGGAGAGAGUGCUUGAAAUCCUCCGGGAUGAGACCGCCACAGCGGCACGCUUGUUGGGUGCUGCAAAGGUGACUGAUCUGGGUCCGCUGCAUAUCAACACCAGGGCUGUAGAGAGGGAUAUUUAUGAUGGACCUGCCAAUCUACCCGGCCUCGAGGGCGCCAUGAAGGGACUGUGGGUGAAGGCGAAGCUGUGA